AUGAAAAAACCAACUACUCAAAAAUUUGCUAAACUACGGGAUAGUCUCAUUCAAUACACCGAAAUCCAUUCUAUGAUGGGCUUAUAUCUAGUAGCCAGGCGUCCAGGCCCCAAAGCAGUUUUUCUAGCUGAUUUAUCAGAUCCUAUGACUUUAUGGGAUUAUUUUAUCCAUCGAUUUAUUGACAAAAUUUAUUUAGAAGGCACCAAUCUCCACUACAUUAGUGAAUUUCCAUCUGCUGUACAAAUCAUAAUCAGAAACUAUAAAACACGAUUUGCAAAACAAGAACGAGGAUUAUUUAUCAAGAUGCACUCAAGCUAUCCAAUUUAUGAUGAAGAUUCUCAAUUACUUAUUCCAAGCAUCACUUUCGCAAAUAUGAGAAUAAGCAAUGGCUCGAAACCAACAAAAGAUGAUCUACCUCAUGAAACACUAACACAUGAUCAUCUAAUUUUUGCACUAGCCGGUGUCUAUCUAGCAUCAUCUCCCAUAGGCAACAUAAAAGAUCAAAAAUCAAUAGUCAAAGUGAAUUAUGCCAGUAAAACUUUCGUUAUCUAUUCUCUAACAGACAAUGAAAUCACUCCAGAAGCAUUAAAAACAAUUGAAACUUUCGAACAACCGUUCGAAAAACUUUCUCAUCAUCUAGCUGAAUUACCCGCUGAUCUCAAUAAACAACUUUGUAAACACAUCAUGCAUGCACCAUGA